CAUUGAAUCAUAUAUAUAUUGAAAGAAAUCAGCGCCUUUAAUUGCUCUUGUUACGUUGUAGAUCGAACUCGUACGUAGAUAAAAAAGAAAAGGAAGAAAAGAUCGUCGAAAAGGAGAUGGGAGGAGAAGGUGAUGGCCAUGGAGGAGGAGGAGGAGGAGGAGGAGGAGCCAGGGAGGCUGCGAAAGCGGAGAAACAGAAGGUGUCGUUCCUUAAGCUGUUCUCCUUCGCCGACCGGAUCGACGUGAUCUUGAUAGUUGUGGGCACGAUAUCGGCCAUGGCCAAUGGGGUAUCGCAGCCGCUCAUGACAGUCAUCUUCGGCAAGCUGAUCAACUCCUUCGGCAGCUCCGAUCCAUCCCAAGCCAUUAACCAAGUCUCUAAGGUGUCACUAGAGUUUGUUUACUUGGCUGUUGGUACGGGCAUCGUCUCACUUCUACAGGUGGCAUGUUGGAUGGUUACAGGAGAAAGACAGGCCUCUCGCAUUCGGAAUUUGUACUUGAAAACCAUCCUGAGACAGGACAUUGCCUUCUUUGACACUGAAACAACAACUGGAGAGGUCAUCGGGAGGAUGUCUGGGGAUACCGUGCUGAUUCAAGACGCCAUGGGUGAAAAGGUAGGGAAGUUCAUACAGCUCGUUUCUACUUUUGUGGGUGGCUUUGUGAUUGCCUUUGCAAGAGGAUGGCUCCUUUCCCUAGUGUUGCUUUCCUGUAUACCUCCUAUUGUCCUUGCUGGUGGAGUCAUGUCUAUCAUCAUGGCAAAAAUGUCAGGCCGCGGACAAGUUGCUUAUGCAGAUGCUGGAAACGUUGUAGAGCAAACAAUUGGAGCCAUAAGAACAGUUGCUUCCUUCACUGGGGAGAAGCGAGCAAUAGAAAAGUAUAACAAGAAGCUGAAAAUCGCCUACGCUGCUACAGUUCAACAAGGGCUAGCUUCUGGGAUAGGACUCGGUUUAGUUAUUAUGAUUGUGUUUUCUAGUUAUGGACUCGCGGUGUGGUAUGGAUCCAAACUUAUCAUUGAAAAGGGAUACGAUGGUGGACAAGUCCUCAAUGUUAUUAUGGCGAUCAUGACUGGCGGAAUGUCAUUAGGCCAAGCAUCCCCUUGCAUGAAUGCAUUCGCAUCCGGGCAAGCUGCAGCAUAUAAAAUGUUUGACACAAUCAAACGAGAACCCAAGAUUGACGCCUAUGACACUAGGGGGGUUGUAUUGGAGGACAUAAAAGGUGAGAUUGAACUAAAAGAAGUGUACUUCAGGUACCCUGCAAGGCCAGAUGUGCAGAUAUUUUCUGGAUUCUCCUUGCAAGUUCCAAGUGGCAGAACUGCUGCUCUAGUUGGGCAGAGUGGAAGUGGGAAAUCUACAGUGAUUAGCCUAGUAGAAAGAUUUUAUGAUCCUGAUGCUGGUGAAGUGCUUAUAGAUGGUGUCAAUUUGAAGAAGUUGCAGCUUAAAUGGAUAAGGGAGAAGAUUGGCCUCGUUAGUCAGGAACCUAAUUUGUUUACAACUACUAUUAAGGAAAACAUAGCAUAUGGGAAAGAAAAUGCCACUGAAGAGGAGAUCAGAAACUCAAUUGAGCUUGCUAAUGCAGCAAAAUUCAUAGACAAACUACCCAAGGGCCUUGACACAAUGGUAGGGGAGCAUGGAACUCAGCUUUCUGGUGGACAAAAGCAAAGAAUUGCAAUAGCAAGGGCAAUUCUGAAGAACCCAAGAAUCCUGCUCCUCGAUGAAGCAACAAGCGCACUGGAUGCUGAGUCUGAACGCAUAGUUCAAGAUGCACUGGAGAACAUUAUGGCAAAUCGGACAACUUUGGUUGUUGCACAUCGUUUGACGACUGUUAGGAAUGCUGACGUUAUAGCGGUGGUGCAUCAAGGGAAAAUUGUGGAGAGAGGAACUCAUGGGGAGUUGAUAAAAGACCCAGAAGGGGCUUACACCCAGCUUGUUCGCCUACAAGAAGGAGUUGAAGCAGAAGACAAGCAAACCUCUAACACAGAUAAUAAGGCAGUUGACAUAAAUUUAUAUUUAGAUAAGACCAUGGCCAUUUCUAGGAGCCAGAGACAAUCUCUGGCAAGGUCCGUAAGCAGAGGUUCAUCAGGUAGCAGGCAGUCUUUCGCAAUUAGUUAUGCUUCCCCCAGCGGCCCAAUCAGUUUGCUUGAGACUGGAGAAGGAGUUGAGGAGAAUUAUGAAAGAGCAGAGAUGGAUAUUGAAAAGCGUAUGAAGGUUUCCACAAAACGGUUGGCCUACAUGAACAAGCCUGAGAUUCCAGUUUUGCUGGUGGGAGCUGUUGCUGCAGCCAUACAAGGUGUGAUCUUCCCAAUCUUCGGCCUCUUACUCUCAUCAGCAAUCAAAAUGUUCUUUGAACCUCCAAGCCAGCUACGAAAAGAUUCUCGAUUUUGGGCAGUUGUGUAUGUAAGUUUGGGCUGCGUUGCUCUAGUGGCUAUUCCUGUACAGAAUUACCUCUUCGGAAUUGCAGGUGGAAAAUUGAUACAACGAAUUCGUUCCUUGACAUUUGAGAAGGUUGUGCACCAACAAAUAAGUUGGUUUGAUGAUCCUGCAAAUUCAAGUGGCGCGGUUGGUGCAAGGUUGUCUGCUGAUGCUUCCACAAUCCGAAGCCUUGUUGGUGAUACACUGGCUCUAGUUGUGCAGAAUACGGCAACAGUCAUUGCAGGGCUAAUCAUAGCAUUUACAGCAAACUGGAUACUAGCUUUUAUAAUUCUAGCUGUGUUGCCCUUGGUGUUAAUACAAGGAGUCAUUCAGGCCAAGUUUACCAAGGGCUUCAGUGCAGAUGCCAAGGUGAUGUAUGAAGAAGCGAGUCAAGUGGCAAAUGAUGCCGUCGGCAGCAUUAGAACUGUUGCAUCCUUUUGCUCUGAAGGGAAGGUGAUGGAUUUGUACCAAAAGAAAUGUGAGGGGCCCAAGAAACAUGGAGUUCGGUUAGGACUGAUAAGUGGGAUAGGUUUCGGCUUCUCUUACUUUGCACUCUACUGCACCAACGCAUUCUGUUUCUACAUCGGUUCUGUUCUUGUGCAACAUGGGAAAGCAACAUUUGGCGAAGUUUUUAAGGUUUUCUUUGCUUUGACAAUAUCAGCAGUAGGGGUUUCCCAAACUAGUGCCUUGGCUCCAGACAGCAACAAAGCCAAGGAUUCAGCAGCUUCCAUACUUGAUAUUCUCGACAGCAAGCCUCAGAUAGAUUCAAGCAGCACAGAGGGCAUCACACUACCAUCUGUCACUGGGAAUAUUAAGUUGGACCAUGUCAGCUUUAGAUACCCCACACGUCCAGAUACUCAAAUCUUCAAAGACCUGAGUUUGAACAUCCCCUCUGGAAAGACUGUUGCUUUGGUUGGAGAGAGUGGCAGUGGGAAAUCAACAGUAAUCAGCCUCAUCGAGAGAUUUUAUGAUCCUGAUUCGGGUAAUGUACUACUGGAUGGUGUGAAUAUCCGAAAGUUCAAACUAAGCUGGUUUAGACAACAAAUGGGGUUGGUCAGUCAAGAACCUAUCCUCUUCAACGAAACCAUCCGUUCCAACAUAGCUUAUGGCAACCAGGCUGAUGUUACCGAGGAAGAGAUCAUUGCAGCCACAAGAGCAGCAAAUGCACACAGCUUCAUAUCCUCGCUGCCUCAAGGCUAUGACACCUCUGUAGGGGAACGAGGAGUGCAGUUAUCUGGCGGCCAAAAGCAACGGAUUGCCAUUGCGAGGGCUAUACUGAAGAACCCGGUAAUCCUUUUGCUCGAUGAGGCCACAAGUGCACUAGAUGCAGAGUCAGAGCGAGUAGUACAAGAUGCAUUGGAUAGAGUGAUGGUAAAUAGAACGACUGUCGUUGUUGCUCACCGCCUUGCCACGAUUAGAGGAGCUGAUAUAAUCUCGGUGGUGAAGAAUGGUGUAAUCGCUGAGAAGGGAAGUCAUGAUGAGCUGAUGAAGAUCACUGAUGGGGCCUAUGCCUCCUUGAUAGCACUUCAUAUGAGUUCUUCGCCGUAAGGUGAAAAGAAGAAUUAAAAAACAAAUAACAGCAAGAUAAGCUCCAUCUUGCUUUGCAGCCAUGGUGGACUUUAGGUGAUGUAGGAAGAGAUUUGUUACCAAACUAACCAGUUUCGCUGUAAAUGAUAACUUGUUCGUACUUUGCCCCAUGUGCACAUACGUGUACAAGAAUAAAACAUCUGUUAUUGUUAUUUGUUAAA